AUGCUGCAAAAUGCAAGCCUUAAAGAUGAAAUAGCUACCCUGAAAACCCAGCUACAUAAACCAGACCAGCAAACAUGGGCAUUAAUUGCCUCUGCCAACAGAACAAACAGCCAGCCCCCAAUUCCUCUACCAGCCACUGCAGAACCUACAACAACAAAAGACAAGUGGAACAACCCCCCUCUGUGCAUCUGCAUCAGUGCAGCACCAACUUCUGAGACUAUAGACAAUGAAGAAUCCCUCACAAGAUACCUCCCAGCAGAAGAAGUAAAAACUCAGAUUACAGAUAUCCUACAGAAGAAUACAUCAACUGAAGAAGUCAAGAUUAUUGAAGUAGAAACAACAAAGACAGAUUAUAUUAUUUGGUUCCAGAAUGAGACCUUCAAAAGCACUGCCAGCAAGAAUGAGAAAUGGAAAUUGGAUGUGGAAUUCUUCUAUAUACAGCUUGAAGAUAAGUUUAAAGAUUUGAACUCUAGCAUGCAGAAAGAACUAGAAUAG